GAGGAGGAGGAGGAGGUCUGAUCAGCAGCAGGUCUGAUGAUGAUGAUGAUGAUGAUGAUGAUGUGAGUCAGAGAGCGGAGGGUUCAGGAUGCUCACAGCCGCUCCAGAGUAGACAAACCCCGCACAGAGACCGAGGGUCCGCCGGAGGAGGCACGGUGAGUCCUCACACCGACACUUACACACCGACAGCGGGGGGGCGGACGGACAGCAGCCCGGGAGCGGAGCUCGACAGGCGGUCUGAUUUCACCGACAGGCCCGCGUACAGGUCAGCUAUCGAGAGCAGCAGGCGGACUCCAACUCCCAGAAUGCCUGAGCAGAGUAACGACUACCGGGUGGUGGUGUUUGGAGCCGGCGGAGUGGGGAAGAGCUCGCUGGUCCUCCGGUUUGUUAAAGGCACCUUCAGAGACACCUACAUCCCCACAGUGGAGGACACGUACAGACAGGUGAUCAGCUGUGAUAAGAGCGUCUGCACGCUGCAGAUCACCGACACAACAGGAAGCCACCAGUUUCCCGCCAUGCAGCGCCUUUCCAUCUCCAAGGGCCACGCCUUCAUCCUGGUCUACUCCAUCACCAGCCGCCAAUCACUGGAGGAGCUCAGACCCAUUUACCAACAGGUUCUGGCCAUCAAAGGCACUGUAGAGUCCAUUCCCAUCAUGCUCGUGGGCAACAAAAGUGACGAGACGGCCCAGCGUGAGGUGGAGGCGAAGGAGGGCGAGGCUCAGGCCGCCUCCUGGAAGUGUGCCUUCAUGGAGACGUCGGCCAAGACCAACUCCAACGUGAAGGAACUGUUCCAGGAGCUGCUGGCCCUGGAGAAGAAGCGGGACAUGAGCCUGAGCAUCGACGGCAAGCGCUCGGGCAAACAGAAGCGAGCCGACAAGCUGAAGGGGAAGUGCAGCGUCAUGUAGAGGGCGGCGGCGAGGCGGCGAGGCGGCGAGGGAACUCAGAGGAUCAUCUUCUUCUGUGGUGGUCUGUCCGUCUGAACACUGAAGCCCAGAGAAACAAACAGAGACACUCAUACAAGAGACUUUAUUCACACAC